GAUCGCGAUGUGUUCUAAGGAGAACCUUGACACCAUCCUUGAGGAUUUGAAAAGAAAGGAAUUUGACAAAUUCAAAUGGCACCUCGAGAACGAGACCUGGAAUGGAACAGAGCCCAUCAAACACUGCAAAUUGGAGGGGGCAGAGAGCCAUACUGUUGUGGACCUGAUGGUGCAAAAGUACCUGCUCAGUGGAGCUUCAUCAAUCAUGGGAAAUAUUCUUAAGAAGAUGAGCAAAAACGACCUGGUGAAGAAGCUAGAACAACUGACUGAAGGUCAAAGGUCAGCUAAAGGUCAGUCCCAGGAGCAUCUGGCUGAAGAGGUUGUCAGUCGAUGUCAAGAUGACCUGAAAGAGGCUCUGAAAAAGAAAUUUGAAUGUGUCUCUGAAGGUGUUGCUAAAGUUGGAAAGAAAACCUUUCUUGAUGAGAUCUACACAGAGGUCUACAUCACAGAGGGAAAGACUAGAGGGGUCAAUGCUGAACAUGAGGUCAGAAGGAUUGAAGCAGCAUCCUGGAAACAAAACAGACCAGGAGAAACAAUCAGAUCAGAAGACCUCUUCAAUUCAUCUGGAGGAAGGGCUUGGAUCAGAACCGUGAUGACGAUGGGCGUGGCUGGCAUCGGGAAAACAGUCUUAACACAGAAGUUCACUCUGGACUGGGCUGAAGGCAGAACCAACCAGAACAUCCAGUUCAUAUUUCCAUUCACCUUCAGACAGCUAAAUGCUCUAAAAGAGGAAAAGUUUAGCUUGGUGGGACUGAUUCAUAAACACUUUGAACCAAUAAGAGAUGCAGGCAUUGACAGCUUUAAAAACUUCCAGGUUCUUUUCAUCUUAGAUGGUCUGGAUGAGAGUCGAUUUUCUUUCCACCACAAUAAGAUCCUGACUGAUGUUACAGAGUCCACCUCAGUGGAUGUUCUGCUGACUAACCUCAUCAGGGGGGACCUGCUUCGUUCGGCUCUCCUGUGGAUAACCUCAAGACCUGCAGCAGCCAAUCAGAUCCCUCCUGAGUCUGUUGGCAUGGUGACAGAGGUGAGAGGGUUCACCAACCCACAGAAGGAGGAGUACUUCAGGAAGAAGUUUAGAGAUGAAGAGAAGGUCAGCAGGAUCAUCUCCCACAUUAAAAGAUUAAAAAGUAUCUUCAUUAUGUGUCACAUUCCCAUCUUCUGCUGGAUCACUGCUGAUGUUCUGGAGGGUUUAUUGGAGAGCAGAGAUGGAGGAGAGCUGCCAAAGACCCUGACUGGGAUGUACAUCCGCUUCCUGAAGCUUCAGAUCGAACGGAAAAUGAUGAAGUAUGAUGGAAGACAAAAGACUGCUAAAAACAUCAAAAUGGUUCAGUCUCUAGGAAAACUGGCCUUUGAGCAGCUGCUGGAAGGACACUUGAUCUUCUAUAAACCAGACCUGGAAAAGUGUGGCAUCAACAUCAAAGAUGCUUCAAGGCUCUCAGGACUGUUCACUGAGAUCUUUAAAGAGGAGAGAGGGAUGGACGACACCUCAGUCUACUCCUUCGUUCAUCUGAGCUUCCAGGAGUUUCUGGCUGCAGUCUACAUGCUCCACUGCUUCACCAGCAGGAACACAGAGGUGGUGGAGAACUUCCUGGGAGAAAAAUACAGAGAAACAUCUCUGGAGGACUUCAUGAAGAAAGCCAUGGAGAAAUCCCUCAGGAGUAAAAAUGGCCACCUGGACUUGUUUGCUCGCUUCCUUCAUGGCCUCUCUGUGGAGUCCAACCAGAGCCUCUUAGGAGGCCUGUUGGGUCAGAUGAAGAGUAGUCCAGGAACUAUCCAGAGAGUCCUCAACAAUCUGAAGGAGAUGAACACUAGUUAUAAGAUCUCUACUGAUAGAUGCAUCAACAUCUUCCACUGUCGUCAGGAGAUGCAGGACCUCUCAGUUUAUCAGGAGAUCCAACAGUUCCUGAAAUCAGGAAUGAAGCUCUCAGAGAUCCAGUGCUCAGCUCUGGCCUACAUGCUUCAGAUGACAGAGGAGAUUCUGGAUGAGUUAGACCUGGAGAAGUACAACACAUCAGAACAUGGACGAUGUAGACUGGUCCCAGCUGUGAGGAACUGCAGAAAGGCUCGGUGA